AUGGAAACAACUACCGCCAGGGCAUCAUUGCCCGCUGCUGCAAACCAAGCCAUAGCCGACAACCAUAACUGCAAUUCAUGUGCUUCAGAAAAAAACAAACAUGGUUGGCGGAAAAUCGUCCGCAACUUUACGCCAUCAUGGUUCGCCGUCAACAUGGGCACAGGCAUCGUCUCCAUCCUCCUCCACAACCUCCCCUGGAACGGCUACUGGCUGCACAUCAUCUCCUACAUCUUCUUCGCCCUCAACAUCCUCCUCUUCACCAUCUUCUUCACAAUCUCCCUCCUUCGAUACACGCUCUACCCCGAGAUUUGGUUCGCCAUGAUUGCUCAUCCGGCACAAUCUCUCUUCCUGGGAUGCCUCCCCAUGGGCUUUGCAACAAUCAUCAACAUGAUGAUCUUCUCCUGCGCCCAAUGGGGCCCCUGGCUCAUCUACCUCGCCUGGGCCUUCUGGUGGAUUGACGCCCUCGUCUCCUUCGCAACCGCAAUCUCCAUGCCCUUCAUCGUCAUGCACCGCCACCGCCCCGGCCUCCAAAACACCACCGCCGCGCUCCUCCUGCCCAUCGUCCCGACCGUCGUCGCCGCAGCCACCGGUGGCAUCGUCGCCGACGCCCUCCCCAACAUCAGCCACGCCUACGCCACGCUCAUCGUCUCCUACGUCCUCUGGGGCAUCGGCCAGGCCCUCUCCGCCUGCGUCAUGGCCCUCUACUUCCACCGCCUGACGAUCCAUUCUCUGCCCCCGCGAGAGGUCAUCGUCUCCGUCUUCCUCCCUGUCGGACCCCUAGGCCAGGGCGGCUUCGGCAUCCAGCAGCUCGGUAAAGUCGCCCUCAAAGUCAUCCCUCACACGGAAAUGUUCCACGUCGCCGGCGUGGAUCCCACCCGCGGCGCCGAGUUCUUCUACUUCCUCGGCAUCUUCUUCGGCAUCGUCAUGUGGGGGUUCGCUCUGGCUUGGGUGUGCUUUGCUCUCAUCAUCUUGAGAACCACGCGGUCGUUUCCCUUCAACAUGGGCUGGUGGGGAUUUACUUUUCCGCUGGGCGUGUGGGCAACUUGCACCAGCGCGUUGUGGCAGAACCUGGGAAGCGAGUUUUUCAAGUAUAUAACCAUGAUCCUCUCUCUUGUGGUCCUCCUCCUUUGGAUUCUCGUCAGUCUACGGACGAUACAACGUGUCAUCACCGGCGAACUGUUCGUUGCCCCGUGCCUCGACAGCCUCAAGGAGAAGCAAGUAGAGGCCGAUGAAAGCAAAGCAUAA